GGGAGUGUUGUCUUCCUAUUUGAAUUGACUUCUUGUUACUUCCAAGCAUUUUAUUUGUUGUUUUGAUAAGAAUACCUUGCCGUGCUAGGAAGAAAAAUUACGGUUGUGAGAAUUGUUCGAAGUAGGCAAAUCAUGAACGACUUUGACUGGACUUCGGAGGAGAGUGACGACUCUGAUGCACUCUCACCACUGCAGCCAUUAGUGAUAUGGUCAAGCAGAAGGUCAACCGCGUGUGCCCCACCGCCAACUGCACCAUCUUAUAGUACUCGUUAUCCAGCCCUUCACCACGUAUACCCCAAUAGUGGUAAUCAAGUAGCCACAUCAGAAGUCUCCUCUUCCCAGUUUUGUCUUCAGAAUACCGCAUUCAGCCCUUGGAAAUCACGAACAUCUUGCGCCGGUGUUCCUCAAGAUCAUGUACCCAAGGACAUGGUCACAGAUAACUUCAGGGAAGCUCGACCAGAAAUCCAGAGGGACAAGGAUACAAAGACCAGUGAUACUUCAAAUACAGCUGUCGAAAACCCAUGUUUGGAUUCCUUGACAUCGGCAAUGGACAAGGAUCAAAUUUCGCAAGGUAACAGUACCCCAACCGUUAACUGCUAUCCCGAACCCGUUUCAGAUCAGUACACAGGCUACGAGGGAGUAGCGUUUCACAAUGAAUAUAGCAAGAACUACAGCAAAUCUGCUGGUAUGAACGUUCACGCAAGGCUUGUACACAACUUUGGCCAUUUUCCAGUGUCUUCUUCAGUGGCUAGCCUACCCGCGGAUUCCGAUCAUCGCGAUCUUGAAAGAAGCAACACUCAUCACACGUCUGAACCUUUUUCUGAGAAAGUUUGUCAACUUCAAUCUGACUUUCCCGAACCAGAACAUACACUCUGCGAAGAAAGUGAAAAGUCACUUGAUCGCCAGCCCGAUAGGCUUGAUCCCGAACAUUUACAUCCUGGAGAAAAGCAAUAUAGAUGUAAGCAUUGCGAUAAAUCUGUUUCUACUCCGUCUUGCCUAAGUUCUCAUCAAUGUACACAUCCAGAAGAGAAAUCGUUCAAGUGUAAAGAGUGUGACAAAAUGUUCAGCACGCAAUAUUAUCUUACCCGUCAUGCACGACUUCACUCAGUAGGCAAUGCGUUUCCGUGCAAGUACUGCGGAAAGCCGUUCCGUGACAAAUACGGCCUACAUGUUCAUGAACUUAUCCAUACCGGGGAGAAGCCGUUCAGGUGUGGUCACUGUGAUCAAAUGUUUCGCCGUAAUACCCAUCUUAGAGAUCAUGAACGUGGCCAUACUGGGGAGAGACCAUAUAAGUGUAAAUCGUGCGAGAAGUCAUUCACGACGAAAUCAAAACUCACCCGGCAUCGACGCAUCCAUACUGGAGAGAGACCACACAAGUGUAAAUCAUGCGAGAAGUCAUUCAUGACGAAAUCAGAUCUAACCGUGCAUCGACGUAUCCAUACUGGAGAGAGACCAUACAAGUGUAACUUGUGUGACAAGUCAUUCACGAGGAAAUCACAUCUCACAGCGCAUCAACGCAUCCAUACUGGUGAGAAACCAUACAAGUGUAAAGUAUGUGGCAUGGCAUUUCGGGAAAUGUCAACUCUCAAAAAUCAUCAACGAAUCCAUACUUGAGAGUAUCCAUUUUCGUGUAAGGAAUGUGGAAAGUCUUUCACUAAGAUAUCCAGCCUAACACAUCAUGAGAGGAUCCAUCCUGGAGAGAACCUGAUCAAGUACAAGUGAUCGUGACUAGCCUUUCAAUGCGAAAAAUAACAUGGAAGACCAUGGAAAUACAAAACACCGAAAACAGAAGUAUCGUUUUCAAGAUUAUAGGAAAUGCUUUUUAACCUAUCAAAGAGCGUUUAAAACAUUAUUCCUUGUUUAUGCUUCAAACUCUCUCACUCGUUUUCUUAUAGGCAUUUUUGGUAACUGUUCAGUUAUAGUUAUUGCUCUGGGGGCACCGUCAUAUCCUGAAAUUUCUUCAAACACAUGUAUUAUGAUUCUGUUUGCGCUUUUCAUGUAUCGUACAACGUAAUACAUAUUGCUGGGAAUAUGCAAUUUUUUCCUCGUACUUUCCUGUUGUCGUCUUCUUUUUUUCUUGCAUUAUCGUUGUCUACCAUACACGCUCGAUGGUGUGCUAGUAAUUUCCUUCUGUUCAUAUCCAGUCAAUGAGUUAGGAGAAUGUACAGAAUGGAGUUGGACGUGUGUAGAAUUGCGACCUAUGCUAAGCGCUGAAAUCUUCGUAGUGAGUUCAAUCGGUUUCGUAAACUGUACUUUUAUUAUUGUGAUUUGUUUAUUAUAAUAUUAUCGCG